GUGGCAUGUUACAUGACAUCAUCAAAUUUUAAAAAAUCAGAUAUAAUCGUUAAAUAGAGGAUUUUUUUUGUUAAAAAAUCAAAUAUAGGGGCAUUUUUGAAGGUGUGAAAGUAAACAUACUUGUCAAUCGCGAUUUACCCAAUAAUUGAAUAAAUCAAAGUUGUGAGGUUUGAAGGAAAAUGGGGUUCAUUGUGACAAGUUUAAUAUUUGUUGUGGUGGGAGUUAUUGCAUCCUUUGGUGCUGGAAUCUGCUGUAACAGAGGACCUUCUGCUAAUCUGUUACACCUGACAUUGAUUAUCACCGCUACAGUAUGCUGCUGGAUGAUGUGGGCGAUUGUGUACCUUGCACAGUUGAAACCGCUCAUUGUACCAAUCUUGAGUGAAGGAGAAUGAGAUACUCAUGGAACUCAGCCGCUCUUCAGUAUUCAUGGAGGAUCGAUUAGAGGGAGAAGUAUUUCGAGACAUGUAGUAGCUGAAGAUACUGUUGUAUACUUAGAUUAACUAUUUUGAUUCAUUUUGUAGAUUCAUAAUAUGUUUGCCAGUUCUAAAUCCAUGUGGGGAUCUUUCUCCAAGAUUUGGACUAAUGGUGAAAAUAACGGUGGAUGAUGUAACUGGUAGUAGCUGUUACUAUCUGCUUUUGAAAUAAAAUCAUUGUCCCAUCUGCA